AUGACCGGGCUAGUUGGAUUGUCAGGGCGCCAGCCGCCUUCGUUCAUCCUCGCUCUUGGCAAGGAUACCAGGGAGCCUCUCGAGAGAGCAAUUGAACCGGAUGACACCCAGGCCAUGAGCCCGCGGAUGACGAGCGAGGAAGUCGAAGCGUUGAAGCGUGAAAUGCAUACUGAACUGCACCGGUUAGUGAAGCCUGUUGAAUCUCCCUAUGCACGUUAAUUGUUGCUGUGGAUAUAGGCAUGCGACAACUUUGCGGGACUCGCUACUCCUCAUCUUGAACCGCGUUGAGGCAGUUGAGAAGGGAUACGAGAAGCUACACAGCAACCAAAAGGUGCUGCAGAAAUAUAUGGAGGACUUAACUACCAUUCAUCAGACCACAGCUUCGGACAGCCACGAGAAGC